AAUAGCUUUAUUAUAUUAAUUCUAUUUGCAUUUAUGUUUAUCAGAUUUGGCUCAGUAUUUCUUUAUACUUCUUUCAUUUAAAAGGCUUUAAAAUAUAUUAUACUAUAACUAUUUAUGUCAUAAGUAUAGUAAAAAUUGUUAUCAUUUAUGAGACACCCAGCUGUCUUAUUGUUAAUAAAUAAAUUGCAAUAAUAUUGUAAUUUAUUUUUGACAGAGAAAAAAAUUAAUUUUAAGAAUUCUGUUAGUUGCCAAUUUGAGUGCACUCAAAGAAAUAAGUGCACGAAGUGAUCCAUUUUAAACCUAGUUCCAUUUAUUUUUUUGAAUAAAUAACAAAGUCUUGUGACUACCUGUCACUUCUAACUACCAUGUGGCUUUCAACUACAGAAGCAUCUUCUCUUGGAGCUGAAGAAGUUGCUGGAAGGUUACAGGUGGAUAUUAGAACUGGGCUUUGGUGGGAUGAAGCUGAGCAUAGAAAACAUUUAUUUGGCCAUAAUGAGUUUAAUCUUAAGGAAAAAGAACCUACUUGGAAAAAAUAUAUCGAACAAUUUAAAAAUCCAUUAAUAUUACUUCUUCUCGGCUCUGCUCUUGUGAGUAUGUACAUGAAACAGUUUGAUGAUGCAGUGAGUAUAACAGCGGCUAUAAUUAUUGUAGUAACUGUAGCAUUUGUGCAAGAGUAUCGUUCUGAAAAAUCUCUCGAAGAAUUAAAUAAAUUAGUACCACCAGUUUGUCAUUGUUUAAGACAUGGAAGAUUAGAAACUUUCCUUGCUCGUGAUCUUGUUCCUGGAGAUAUUGUUUAUUUAAACAUUGGAGAUAGAGUUCCUGCCGAUGUCAGACUAUUUGAAGUCAUUGAGUUAGCUGUAGAUGAAAGCAGUUUUACAGGAGAAACGGAGCCUGCACAAAAGUUUACUGUUCCAUUACUCAAAACAAACGGAGAAAGUGCCAAAAAAAACAUUGCAUUCAUGGGAACACUAAUUCGAUGUGGAAGUGGCAAAGUAAACUCUUGGCUAUUAAUAUCUAUAUCUAAUAUGAUAACCACUAAUAAUGGAAAAAGUGUAGAAUGUUGCUCUCUGAAAGUUGAAUGUGAAAUUAAUACCUUAACCGAACUUUAAAAUAAGAAUAACUUCUGAGUAAUGAUUCUCGAAGUUUUCUAAUUUAUAAGAACAAAAAGAUAUUUUUCGACAUUCCGUGCGGAAAGUGCGUUUUUCCCGCACGCUCGGCAAAACACGUGCGUUGAAAAUCGCACUUUCCACACGUCGUAUCAAAAAAUACGGUACAGUACAUGUUCGGGAAAGAGUUUCUCGUCUCGUAUACCUUUCCACCCUUGCUUCGCUCGGGCGUAAACGCCACACGAGACAAGAACCUAUUUUUCUGUACUUGUAUCGCAAUGUACUAUUUUUAGUAUACAUUCAAUUUAAAAGUUCAUCAAAAUAUGAAGAGAGGCAACAUUCUGCAUUCUGCAAGACAAAGAUCAUUUAAGAGGAAGUCAUUAGGCAACAUGAUUUAUAAAUUCGUAAAAACCAUUAUCUUCAAUUAAUUUUGAGUUUUUAUUGAAAAUUAUAAUUUGGAGUCGUUUAGAAGAUGGGCAUUUUCGCGCGUAAAGCCACUUUCGCACGCGAAAGUGUAACAAGUAUUAGUUAUUUCCUCCACCAUUUUUUGUGCACUAAAAUGUCAGAUAAUUCUUUUCACAUGCGAAACCAAUUUUCCGGUCGGUUUCGAGCGCGAAUAUGAUCCACGACAUGACACCUUUUCUCGUGCGAAGUUUAACACUUUCUUCCGGAAGAAACACUAAUUUCGCUUUCGCGUGCAAGAGAUGGAAAAGGAACAUUUUUUCGCGCGCGGAAAGUUGGAAAAAGGGACUGAACAUUUUUUGCUUACGAAAGUAAACGCCUCUUUUAUCACCGAAUUAUACUAUUUUUGAUUUUGCACGCGAAACUGAGGGAGAACUGACAACUAUUAGUGCGUGAUUAGACUUGAAGUUUUCGCAUACAAAAAAUGUAUUCUUUUCCCUCAAAUAAUAAAUAUUUGUAUCUAUUGAACUCUUGAGGUUAAUUUAUAAGCCAUAUAUUUUAUCGAACACUGUGUUUAGUUCAUUACGUUAUUGUUGUUUGUGCUGUUUAGUUUUGAUUUUUUUAUAUAGACUUGUCAAUGACAGGAUUUUAAUAUUCAGAAGUGUUUAAUGAAAAAGGCUCCAGCGAAGACUGCUGUCUUCAAUAGCUUAAUCUAAGGUACAUCAUAAUAAUUUAUAAACUUUUGUUUUUUUCAUUUUAUUUACAAUUUGUUUGUCGACAAUAGAUAAAUGAUGUUGUUACAAUACUAUUUUCUGAUUACAAAAUUUAAAUUACAUGAAGGUACUUCACCAGUGAUCCAUACCAGUAGUUUUAUUUUACAGAGCUAAGUUAUAUGAGUAAAAGGUGAUUUAUAUUUUUUAAAUCUUGUCAUGGUGUUGUGUGGAUUAAUUUUUUCACAAAAUAAUUAAGAUGUAAUGUUACCUAUAUAGUGUACCUUUUACAAGCUAUUUCUGUUUCUUCUUAAACAGUCCAAAUAAUGACGUCCUUUCUGAUUGUUUCGAUUGUAACAAACCAUGGUGCAUUGUAAUAGGCUUUAUUCUGAAAUCUAUCAAUGAUAUCAAUAUUUGAUUUUGUAGCUGUACUUCAACGUUAAAUGUCAUAUAUCCAUACUGGUUUAAGUACUCCUAUAUUAAUAUUUUAUUUACGAUUAACAUUUUAGGUUUUCUGCCCAGUAACCAGUAGUAUUUUCUGAGUUGUAGAUUUAGUUGUUAGCGUUUGGUUUGCAUAUGGUGUCUCCACGUUAGGCGACGAUCCAGAUGCAUUCCAAGGUAUUUUGGAUUUGUUUAGAUAUUUUUGCAUAUUACAAGACGCGGUUGCUGCAUUUAAGUGAGGUGUUAAGGAGGCUCGAUGGAUUUUGUAUAAAAUUACAGAUUUCUCUAAAACUUUCAGAAAUAGUACUUUUUAUAUUCAACUUCCCAUAGCUGAAAAAAAUUAAUAGGGUUGACGAUGAAAAUAAUGAGUAUUAACCAUAAUAAACUUGCAACUAUUUGCACGUUGCUUAUGGGAGUUGGCUUGUAAGUGAACACUCAAUCAGAGUGUUCUCAACAAUAAAAUUACAGAGUAUGCAAUAAAAUAUAUUUUUUUAUAGAUUAAUUUUCCAAGAUCAUGACUGUAGAAAAAAAAGUGGGGGUUGACGAUAGCGUUAAAGUGUUAUUUGCGAUUACAAUUUGCAAAAUACCACUGUUACGGUAGAACAGCACAUGUACUGUUGA